ACUAAGAGUUGAGUAGACCGGUCAUUGUUCCGAGUAGAUGAACGUGUGUUUUUGUUGUUUCCAAAUUAUUGCUCUUCUAUCGUUCUCGACCGGAUUUUCACUACAUUUCUGCCAGAUUUAAACAAAUCAGUUUCCGCAUUUAAAUUAUCACAGUAGUAAAUAGCGCUAAUACCAUGGAUUUGUCAGGAAAACUGAUCAUAAAGGCGCAGUUGAAUGAUGACAUUCGCCGGAUUCCAAUCCACAACGACGCUAUUACGUAUGAUGAGCUGGUGCUGAUGAUGCAGCGCGUCUUCAGAGGCCAGCUCGACAACACUGAUGACAUCACCAUCAAAUAUAAGGACGAGGAUGGUGAUUUGAUCACAAUCUUCGAUAGUUCCGACCUUGCCUUUGCCAUACAGUACAGCCGCACCCUCAAGUUGACCCUUUUGGUUCCUGGCAAAAGCACUAACCUUCCUGGACCGGGAGGGCCAAAGGUCGAGGGUGUUCGGAAAGAACUCCAGGCUCUCAGGGAUAGGAUCAACGUUCUGCUCGACUCCUUGGCCGACCUGGGCACCAGUGGCGGGUCACCUGUUCAGGGCGAUACAAGCAUUCCUGCGCCUUUCGAGGAGGUACCUGAAGAUGUCCCCAAGGCUCCUAAAGAGUUUGAUCCUCUGCAGGAGCAGCAAAACUCCGCUCCUCCCCCACCUGAAGAAGAACGGUCGGGGCCAACUCCAGAUGCUCCGGUAGCUCCUCCAACAAGUCAAACUGGCUACCCUGUGCCCUACUCAGCCCCUGAUGCACCGGCAGCUCAUUAUCCUCCAGCCCAGCCUCAACCUCAGCAGCCACCUCACUCGUCAGCUCCGCAAAUGCCUUCAGGCUAUCCACCGUACAUGCAAUGGCCUCAGCAACAGCGUUUCCAAAAUCCUCCAGUCUCCUCUGCGGGGCAGCCUCCCCGAUUUGGAGUUCCUCCAGCUCAGGGUUCUCCUGCUCCCAUGCCGCAACCACAGGCACCAUCGCUAUACUCUCCACAGCAAGGCUAUCCAGGCCAGCAGCCGCCUGCUCCUCAGCAGCCAGGUGCUCCCUACGGGGCGACCGUCCCUCGUCCCAGCCUCCCUGGCGGCUACAUGGAUUAUCCUCCUCAGGGCGCCCCUGCUGCUCCUGGUGCUCCUCCAGCAGGUGGUCCUCCUCCUCGUGGCGUCAUGUAUCCUCCGCCUCCGAGCGCUGGCCAAGGCCCAGCGGCCGGCAAUCCCUACAGCAAAGCUCCGCAGCCAAAUCCUUACGCUCCUCCGCAACGCUUUUCGUAAGCAACUAGAUUUCUGCUACGCGUGCCAUUUCAAAGAUAAACAGCUUAAAUAAAUUUAUGCAUGCUAGAGUAUUUGACAGGAUAAAUUUUCAAUCCUGACUCUCCUUGUAUCAAUUAUUAUUUGUACAAUUAUAACCUCUCCAUGCCUUCAGAGCAAGUCUGUACUACAAAUCUAUAAUGAUUUUAUUAAAAAAAAAAUAAUAUUUUGGCCUUUUCAAGAUUGAUUUCAGUCCGGUCAAACUUUCCUAUUAUGCACACUAUUUGAGUUGAGUUCAUCCAAAGAUAUAAAGUAAUUUUAUCAUUUAGAAAAAAUUCUAGUUUCAACUCAGCUUCAAGUCAAUUUUGAAUUUUCAAUGCGUGCUUUUGAUUUCAGUUUUUAUUUUUAUUCACUUUAAAGUCCCAGCCUUUAUGAUAAAUAAUGUAAUAAAUUUAAUGUUAUAAAUAAAUAUGAGCAAUAAAAGUAUGUUGUUUUGAAAGAAAAA